CUGGUACAAGUGAAUCCUGUAUUGGUUAUUUGCCUUGUGGUAUAGUGCAUUCGAGAUCUGACAUGGAAGUAAAGCUUCUAUGGCUAGCAAAGGGCUCAAAGAGGAAUAUGGAGGCCUUGGUCCUGAUUACUUGUAUCACUGUAUAGCAAUGGAAGAAAUAAGUCGUGCUUCUGGAUCUGUUUGCAUUAAUCAAUUUGGUUGCAGUCCUUGGAUUUUUAGGGACUUUGAGGAAAUAAUCAAAGAACUGAUGGAAAGACUACCACACAUGAAAGAGCUUAUGAAUAUGUUUAGUGGCCCUGAUAGAGUGACUGCAAAGCAACAAAUGCAGGAGUUAGACAGAGUCGCAAAAACUCUACCAGAGAAUAUACCUUCAUCUGUGAAGAGGUUCACUGAUCGUGCCGUUCUUUCACUUUAA